GCUGCCAACUGAAUGGGGAGAAAAUUGAAGACCAGGGGAUGAUGUGUAUCACGUCUCAUAUCCGUUUGUAUGAGGUUUGUCAUACCUUUGCGAGGAAGCAGUGAUACUUCUCCAACUUGCCGCCCUGUGCGAAGGAGGAGGGGGAAUGACAUGGGGGACAGAAGCUUCCUUCAUUGUACCAUACUUCACACACACACACCACACGAAUACUUACGUGGCCACCACCACACGAUGAUGCGCUGGCCUGCAUCACACAACGCAGGGACGGAUCAUGUCAUUCGAUUUCACGACGAGGCCCGGUGAGUGACAUUGACGGACCCCGAACAAGCGCAUGUGCCCUUGGCUCUGUGUCUGUCCCUCAGGGAGACAGUGCAGGACGUCCUGGGUAUCUCCUUCCUCACCGAUGUGGACGUCUUUCUCUUGCUUGCCCUGCCCAUCCUCUCCAAUCUCUCCGUCCAAGAGGCCAACUGGCGAAUCGUGGAGACGCUGCGGCCCUACCCAUCGCCGUCGCUACAUGCGGACGGCAAAUACCAACCUGUGUACCCCACCAGGCCUCGCUGCAGCCUUAAUAUUGUCGGCGUGUGGGGGCGCAUUCUGCUGGCGUCUCUCAUCGGCACUCUCCUGACUCCCCUCUCUCUCCUCGUGCUGCUCACUGCCGCGGCCAUGGCGCGAAUCCGCACACGAGACAAGGCCGUGAUAUAUCGAUUGAGUGGCGUGAGUGGGAUGGUGCUUGGCGCGUUCUGGCUCGGGUAUGAGGCCGUGCAGCUGUGCUUGGAUAUCUGGCGAGCGCUGCUGACCUCAUUCUUUGUCGGGAUGCUCAUCAGCUACAGCGGCCUGAGCAGUUUCAAAGCUCUCUCAUGGUGGUUCACGACACGGCAGCCGAGCUCGUGGACGGCCAAAUUCUCAUGGGUGGCGCUGUGGAAGUCGCUGGGUCAGUUCCUGCCGCUCGGCGUGACGCUGCUGCUUCAUGUGGCGACGAAUCGGGCUUACUGGUGGGACAUAUACGAGGAGCGCCUGGAGAGGCAGGGGUUACUGGCGGGUGGCCAUCCCGGUGCCACCAGCAUGGGGCAGGGCGACAGAGAGACCGGGCUGGCUGACGAAAGGACUGGGCUGUUGGCGAGCCAAGACAACGAGCUAGCGGCUGAGGAGUGACAAGUGGGCCGGGCGGGUGAUUGAUUGAUUGAUACAUACGUCGACUAGUUCGCUGAGACCUUAAGGAGCAUCAAUC